CUUAGGAACCGGUCAAGGGCUGAUACAUGCCUAAAUACUCUCCAUUCUGCAGAUUCUACGAGGCUGCCCUAGUGCUCAUACAGUUUGCCGCUUUAGGAAUGAGCCCAUCUUGUCUCAGCGCGUGAGACGCUGCCCCUCUAUCGGGUGAGUAUGUGCUAUCUGUUGAACAAUCUCGAGUCAUGCACGCUUGCUCCGCAGGUACUUUGGCCAUCCCGUCGUCAGGCCUUUACAGGCCCGGACAACACGGGAAGUAAGCCACAUAAGACCUUACUCGUGGGGAGACUCGCAUGCGCUCCUUCUGCGGCCCGCAAGCGUAAGUCACACAUCUUUCAUGGCUGUGGGCAUGCAUCUAGACAUCCACUUCUCUCAUCCUUUCACAUGUUUGCGAGUGUCGUCAAACACGAGUGUCGCUGUGGAAGUUAAUUCACGGAUCGUUACAUCCUCGUCGUACCGAUAUGCAAUCGGGCCAUACUUCUACGGAGCUCGAAGAUCGAUAUCUGGCCCCCAUGUCUUAUCGAAAGGCAGCAAGUGGAGCUCCGCCUCAGCUCUGAUCCUGUUCGAAGGAUGGGUGCAUAAUUGCCGAGCUCUCAAGCCAACACUGCAACGCUUCCUUCGCUCUGAAAGACUUUUAUCCCACAUGCAGUUGUUGUUGCAGAUGGCAUCACUGCCGAUAGCGUCUGACCAAGCUCAGACCUUUAGAAAGGUGUUUCCGCCGCACUUCUCUGACGUUUGCAUCUACACCAACUCUGCCGUUAUCUAUCAUGUUCUCAACCUUCAAAUUCCGAAACUCCAGUCGCAUGACUCAGAUUGACGUCCAAGCAGCGAAGGAGACACUCAGUAGAGGUAAAGGCAUACGCAAAGCCUGUAACUCAUGUCGAGUAGUGCAGGUGCUCAGGCCAGAGAUCUGGCUGUGAUAG